ACGCAUUCACCUCUGAAGUCCGAGUUCAUCAACACUCAACAACAGUCUCGGGCUACUGCCACACGAAGCCUGAUUGUUGAAGACAAGUGAGUAAAAAUGCUGCGCACUGUUAUCUCCAGAACUUUCCCACAAGUUUUCCGUAUUUCUGCAUGUCAGCAUUCAACGAUUCCUGCACCGAACGUUCACCCAGACGUUCACUAUAACAAGAUUUUCAUUAACAAUGAAUGGCACGAUGCAGUAAGCAAGAAAACUUUUCCAACCAUCAAUCCUGCUACUGGUGAAGUUAUCUGCCACGUCGCAGAGGGCGAUAAGGCGGAUGUGGAAAAAGCGGUCAAAGCUGCCAAAGAUGCCUUCAAGCUUGGGUCUCCCUGGCGGCGUAUGGAUGCGUCCCAUCGCGGGCUGCUCUUGAGCCGGUUAGCAGACUGCAUAGAGAGAGACGCUGCCUAUUUAGCUGAACUAGAGACUCUUGACAAUGGAAAACCAUAUGCAAUCUCCUACUCUGUGGACGUGCCUAUGGUGGUCAAAUGCUUGAGGUAUUACGCUGGCUGGGCAGACAAAUGGGAGGGGAAGACCAUUCCCAUUGAUGGUGAUUACUUCUGCUACACCAGACAUGAGCCCAUUGGAGUGUGUGGCCAAAUUAUCCCUUGGAACUUCCCUCUGUUGAUGCAGGCCUGGAAACUCGGUCCUGCUCUGGCCACAGGAAACACAGUAGUGAUGAAGGUGGCAGAACAGACGCCUCUCACUGCGCUCUAUGUUGCCAGUCUGAUCAAAGAGGUGGGUUUCCCUGCUGGUGUCGUUAACAUUGUCCCAGGAAUGGGUCCCACAGCAGGAGCAGCCAUCGCAUCUCACAUGGAUGUGGACAAAGUAGCGUUCACCGGCUCCACUGAUGUAGGUCACCUCAUCUUGAAAGCUUCAAGUGACAGUAAUCUGAAGAAGGUCACACUGGAGCUGGGAGGAAAGAGUCCAAACAUCAUUCUAUCAGAUGCUAAUAUGGAGGAGGCAGUGGAGCAGUCCCAUUUUGCCCUGUUCUUCAACCAAGGCCAGUGCUGUUGUGCAGGCUCCCGCACGUAUGUACAGGAGAGCAUCUAUGAUGAGUUUCUUGAGCGAAGCGUAGAGAGAGCUAAGAAGAGGAUUGUGGGAGAUCCCUUUAACUUCAACACGGAGCAGGGCCCCCAGGUGGAUGAGCAACAGUUCCAGAAGAUUCUUGGCUACAUCAGCAGUGGGAAGAGUGAGGGCGCUAAGCUCAUGUGUGGCGGCGGACCGGCAGCUGACCGUGGUUACUUCAUCCAGCCUACUAUCUUCAGUGAUGUUAAAGAUGACAUGAAAAUUGCUCGGGAGGAGAUCUUUGGACCCGUCAUGCAGAUUCUGAAGUUUAAAUCUUUAGAGGAAGUGAUUGAGAGAGCCAAUGACAGCAAAUAUGGGCUUGCAGCUGCUGUUUUUACCCAAAACAUUGAUAAGGCCCAUUACAUAUCCAGCGGCCUGCGCGCUGGCACUGUUUGGAUUAACUGUUAUGACGUGUUUGGAGUUCAGGCUCCGUUUGGAGGAUACAAGGCCUCAGGAAUUGGUCGUGAGUUAGGAGAGUACGGACUGGACAACUACACAGAGGUCAAAACGGUUACAAUUAAGGUCCCCCAGAAAAAUUCGUAAAAAUGGAUGAAUUCAAUUAAGGAAGCCACUGCCUAAUUAUAAGAUCCAUGCCAACCAUUAAAAAAUUACUAUGAUUCUCAUAAUAAAUGUGUUAAUUUCUACUGAAAUAAUAAUAAGCAUUUAGUACAAAUUUUGUUCUGUAAAAUAAAUAAAUUUUCUAGCAGUGAUAAUUAGUUAGUCGCAAACUGUCUAGUUGAUUUUAGAAAAGAUAUUGCUUGAUUAUCCACCAGACAAAAGGAGGGAAAAUGUGUAUUGGGCGGGCUUCAUUGUUUAAUUCAAGCAUUGUAUCUACAGCAUAAUUACUACAAUUAUUUGCAUGCAUGUGCUGUUUUUUUAAAUAAAGAAUACAGAAUAUACAAACAAAAAUAAAUUGAUCAAACAGAAAAAUA